GUGGCUGCCACCUGUCAUUUGAGUGGUCACUUAACUUUCCUUCAAGGUUAUUAUCUGGUAAGCCUUGUGUUCUAGUUGAGGAAAAUGAAGAUGACACAGGGCAUCUGAGAGGCAGCCGAAAGGCCAGGAGAAGGUUUUAUGGUAAACAGGAUUACAGGAAAAGCUGGUUAUAGAUGGGUCGUUUAUUCUUUGUUUAAGGAUCAAUCAGUCCAUGUCCUUGCUAAUGGCUCUGCCAUUUUUCUGUGUGUUAAUCCAGGAGGAAUUUUGUUGUCAGAGAAUAAAAGGACGUUGUCCAUAAUUGACUUUAAGCAGCAAACAGUAAAACACUGAGCUCUUCAGCUCCGCCUUUCUUGCUCUGAGAAUUGGAAAACCAAGAAGGUUUUGAUGUUUUGUGUGGCGCCACCUGAAUUAGAAACCAAGAUGAACAUAACCAAAGGAGGUCUGGUGUUGUUUUCAGCAAAUUCUAAUUCAUCGUGUAUGGAGCUUUCAAAGAAAAUUGCUGAAAACAAGAGUACAAAUUCAAGAGUCUGUGAGGGGAAAAGAUGUUUUCAUUAUCCAAACCGUUUCAAAGGAUGUGAACACCACCAUCAUGGAGCUCCUGAUCAUGGUGUAUGCGUGUAAGACCUCCUGUGCCAAGAGCAUCAUUGGCGUGAUCCCCUACUUUCCUUACAGCAAGCAGUGCAAGAUGAGGAAAAGAGGCUCCAUUGUCUCUAAAUUGCUGGCCUCCAUGAUGUGCAAAGCUGGUCUAACUCAUCUUAUUACUAUGGAUUUACACCAGAAGGAGAUUCAGGGCUUCUUCAAUAUUCCUGUGGAUAAUUUAAGAGCAUCUCCCUUCUUAUUACAGUAUAUUCAAGAAGAGAUACCAGAUUAUAGGAAUGCAGUCAUUGUGGCCAAGUCUCCAGCCUCAGCUAAGAGGGCACAGUCUUUUGCUGAGCGCCUGCGCCUGGGAAUCGCCGUGAUUCAUGGAGAAGCGCAGGAUGCAGAGUCCGACUUGGUGGACGGACGCCAUUCCCCGCCCAUGGUCAGGAGUGUGGCUGCCAUCCACCCCAGCCUGGAGAUCCCCAUGCUGAUUCCUAAAGAAAAGCCCCCAAUCACAGUUGUUGGUGAUGUUGGAGGAAGGAUUGCCAUCAUUGUGGAUGACAUCAUCGAUGAUGUCGACAGCUUUCUCGCUGCAGCAGAGACCCUGAAGGAAAGAGGUGCAUAUAAGAUCUUCGUGAUGGCAACUCAUGGCUUGCUGUCUUCUGAUGCCCCCCGCCUGAUUGAGGAGUCUGCCAUCGAUGAGGUGGUGGUCACCAACACAAUUCCACACGAAAUCCAGAAACUCCAGUGCCCCAAGAUUAAAACUGUGGAUAUCAGCAUGAUCCUUUCAGAAGCAAUCCGUCGGAUUCACAACGGGGAGUCCAUGUCCUACCUUUUCAGAAACAUCGGUUUAGAUGACUGAACGCUGUCCAUCUGUACAACUCUGAGGGCCAAACUGGAAACGUAGGAAUGACGCCGUGCGGGCUCACGCUUGCUGGCGUCUUCCACAGGAGUUUUCCUGCUCUGCCUAUCCCUGUCCCUGUCCCCGUACCCCUCUUCUUGUUGAUUCCUAUGAAGAUAGACCAACUUUUUAUGUCAGGUCAGGCGUGUGUGAGUUGGGGGGCAAUUUUUAUAAAAGAAAUACUUUAUUCUCCUCUUAAAUAAAAUAAGAUCUGGUUGUUUUAGUUUAACUAUGUAAGAAAUAACUUAGAAUAAGAUAUUUAAGCUCACAACCUUUUUCCAAAGUUGCUUGAGCCAAAUGCUUUAAAAAGUUAAUAAAAUAAAAUGGUCUACUCUAUGGUACCUGCAGUUGAGAAGCCAAAAAGCUUAUACUGUUGAAUCUGGUAAAUGACGGUUUUAGAAAUGUUUUUAUAGACAAGCCUAUGGAAUAUGUGAUGCUAUUUAUUUUCUGCAACUGAAGAACGAAUAAAAACUUGUGUUUGUGUGUGUUU